AUGUAUCCCAUUUCACAAAAUUUUAUUUAUGCACAUAACUUUUUUCAAGCACAAUUAUCACCAUCAACUCUUACAUCCGUACCGUAUUUAGAUAGUGAAGUAGGUGUCUAUCAACAUAAUAAGAAUGGUUCACGUCUAGUUGUGCCCUCAUUGGUCGUACCAUAUCUCAAUCAGACACGUGUCUUUUAUAAUCCUCUGCGUGAAAAAUAUCUAUUAUGUCUUUCAUUAAUACUUUAUACAACUGAAUUGCGUACAACAAUUUUACAAUAUCUAUCAAAUACACUUAAUCGAUGUAGUCCACCACAAGAAAUAUGUGAAAUAAAAAUGGUAUCAACUGAACGUCUUCGCGUUGCAUGGCAACGUACAAAACAAUUAUCACCGAAGUAUAACCUAGAUACAAGUUGGCGAUCGAAUACACCACGUCUGAAUAAAACUGAGCUGCAUAUUGAAUGUACUACAGAUCAAACAUGCUACGAAUUAUUAAACGAUGUUUUGAAAACACCUGAAAUAUUAAAUGGUUUAGAAUUAAAAUAUAGUACACAGACUGAAAAACAAACACAUAAAAUAGUUACAAUCACUGGGCAGCAUGUUAUGAAAACGCAAAUGUAUUCAGAAUUGAAACAACUACCAUCAUCAACUGCUG